GCCCCGCUCGCCCCCACCCUAAUUUCGGGGAGCGCCUGGUGCUGCCGCCGAGGUCGGGUGGAGCCCAUGGCGCCGCCCUGAGGCGGUGGUAGCCCCGGGGGCUCCCCCGCCGGUUCGGCGUCACCGGCCGUUUCGCGUUUUGUCCCUGCGCUUCCCUGCGUCCACCUCCCGGGGACGGGGGCACAGCCCGCACCCUGGCCCGGCCCCUCGGCAAACGCCGGCAGCGCCCGUGGGACCACUGCUCGUUAGCGGCGGGGCCGGGAGCCCCGGCUGGGGAGCCGGGCAGCGCACCCGGCAUCGCAGGUGUGGGCUGAGGAUUCGGCUGUCUGUGGACAUUUUUUCAGUAUUUCUCCUGACUGUGGCCUUCUCCGAGUCUUACAUAUUUACCUCUUCUGUGUAUGUGGAAAAACGUUAAAAAGGCUGAAGAGUUGAAGUCAAGUCUUUUCUUAAUGUGAGAAUGAAAUGGGGAAGUUCCAGAACCUUGAGAAUAACUCGGCACAGUAGUCUUUUUUGCUGCAGGAACUAAGUCUAAUCUCAAGAAAUCAUUUAAAGAAAAGGAAAACCUAAAAUCAUGCCAUCAGAAAAGGAACAGUUUUUUUGUGAUAAAAAGCAGAUUUUUUUGUUAAAACCUAAUGCUGUGAAGAAUUUUUCUACAGAUACUACUUUGGAAAAAGCAGAUCAUUUGAAAAAAAAGGAUCAUUUGGUGAACGAUCCUUUAAGUAUGAUAACUCAACCAGCAAUUUUAGAUGUCAAUGUUGCUUAUGAACUAAAAAAUGUGAAAAUUGAUUUACCCAAGGUGAACAUUCCAAAUGAAAUAUUGCUGAAACAUGAAGUUGAAAGAUUUAGAAGACUCUUUCAGUGUAAGCAGCAAACUGCAAGGAAGUCCUUAAGUCUAGAGAAAAUAAACGGAAGCAAUCCCAACUGUUCAGAGGGAAGCCACUUGCAAAAUAAACCAGAAGUGCAAUUUGAAGAAGGGUUGAAAACUACAGCAAAGAUACUGAAUUUCACUUGUACGAAGUGCAAGGAUAACAUCAGAUACAGCCCAAAUGAUCUGCAGAAACAUUUUCAGCUGUUACACUAUGGCGAGUUGCCUUUGUAUCCUUGUGAGAUGUGUAACUUCUCGGCCAAUGACUUCCAGUCAUUUAAACAGCAUAGACGCACCCAUCGUAGCACUUUAGUAAAAUGUGAGCUCUGUAAUGAUGAGCAUAUGUACACUUUGUUGGAUUUGACAAAACACUUCACAUCAAAGCAUUGUGCAAAUGGUCACUUUCAAUGUGAAAAAUGUGGGUUUUCUACCCGGGAUGUGGGCACGUUUGUUCAGCACAUUCACAGACAUAAUGAGAUUCCAUAUAAAUGUGGAGAAUGUCAUCACAUAAGCUUUACAAAAGAGGAGUUCCAGGAACAUCAUCUUGUUCAUACCAGAAUGUUUCCUUUUGGUUGUCAGUAUUGCAGUUACAGGACACCUCGGAAAGAUUAUCUCUUAAAACACAUCAUAGCUUUGCACAGAGACCACUUAUAUGCAAAAGAAAAACUGGAAAAGGAGAAAUGUGAAAAAAGAAUAGUGAAGACUCCAGAAGGACUGAAGCUUGUGUUAAGAAGGUAUAAAAUGGGAGCAUCAAAAAAACCACUCUGGAGACGGAAAAAAAUAAGCAGUGAAAGUGACAAAACUGGAGAAAGCAAUGCACAAGUGCUAAGAAGUGUGAAUAAAAUUCAAACAAAAGCCGAGGAGCUGAACCAGUGUAUGAGAGGUGUGGAAGCAAAUGAAGAAAAAGAUCAAAUUAUGUAUACAAGAAAGCAUAAUUUCACGGGUGGAAUGUUCUCUGCUACUACUGCACAAUAUAAUAAAACAGAUGAUGGCUCAAGUUACGGCCUAGGAUUAUUGAAAAAUGCUGUUCAUGGGCCAACGGUAUUGAUGGUAAAAAACAAUAAAAUAUCUGUUCCAGCAAAUUACAGUGCUAAAUUUAUGGGAUUUAAAAUGGUAGAUGGAAAACAACAUAUUGUUAUAAAGUUGUUACCUACGAGUAAGCAAAAUGUACAUUUGUUGGGUCAGAAAGCUGAUCCUAUUAAAGAUGGGUCUACGACUCCUUUGCUACAGACUGCUGAUCCCUGUGGCUUGUCUUCCGGUGCUAUACCACAUGUAACUGAUCAGUCAACCUUAAAGAACAAUUCUGUUCACCCAUUAACCCCCCCUCCAUUUUCUUGUUCUGCUCCUCAUUCAGGAAAAACAAAAGUGGGAAAACAAAGUAACUCCUUAUUGUAUGAUAGGAGUGUUUCUCAAGCUGUAGCACCUUCUAAUGUAGCUGUAGGAAAAAGUAUGAAUUAUUUGCCAAUGAAGUUGGGCUCAACUGUACCUCCAUGUGGUGAGGUGACAAAAGUUGGAACUCGAAGUAAUAUCUCGUGGGGAAGCUAUAGUCCUCCAAAUCACCCUCAGGUAUUGCCACCCACUAUAACAAAUAUGCUUCAGUAUGACCCUAUGAAAAUGCCCUUCUUUCCUAAACUGAAAAUACAAAAUGGUGGCCUGAAUAAUAGUAAUGGAACUAACAAUCUCUAUUAUUCAAAUUCAGUGGAUUCUUCUAAUGAAGGAUUGCUGUCUUUUCACAACUAUUCCAAAAUGGACACUUCAGAUGAUCCAUGUAGCAUUUGGAUGUCAGCAGAAGACAGAUACAAAGAAUUUAUAUAUAGCAAAACACUUCCUUUCCAGAAGAGUAAAAGUAAAUCUGCAUCUUCAUAUUCAGAGUCAAUGAAAGGCUUAAAACCAGAGAAAGCUGUAUCAAUCCAAUCAAAUAUUAAUAAAACUUAUGGACACAUAAACACUAAGAAUAACUCUGUGUCUUCUAAAAGCCAAUCUAAAUGUGUUGUUGACAGCGAGUGUUUUAUGGAGGACCAGCAUAAUGGCCAGCAGUAUUUGGAUGCUAACAACUGUCAAGGCUUUGAGAACGUAGCUGAGAAAUUCCAAGAAAAUGCCUCUGAUUGUGUUAACUCAGUCUUAAUGCCUAAAAUCACAUCUGUUUUCUCAUUGCAGAGUGAACAGGCAGCUAAUUAUUUAUCGCCUGAAAUAAACCAGUUACUGCAAGAUGUGUUAAAAGUGAAAGCAACUACUCAGCAAGAAUGCCACAGCAAAUCAAAUAACUGCAUAAAACUUCAUUCUGACAAGCUGCUUUCUGGUCACGAGACGGGGAGUAAAACCUUUACUCAUUUAAAAAGCUCUGCAAUUUCAUCUGGUUUUCAGAGGCCUCCUCCUAAUGUAGACUUUCAUUUAUAUAAGAGAGAGUUGAACACAAGGUGUAGCACAAAUGAAGGUACGCAUUGUGGGAGAGAAAAACAGACACCCAGAACAUCAUAUGCUUCGCAGGGAAUGGAUAAAUUAUCCAGAACUUCAGGUGCUGUUACAUUGCUUAAAACUCCUACAGAUACAGUUGUAACACAGCAAUUAGGAAAAGAUAAAAUACUGUCUACAACCCCAAAUCCUCGCAGCUUGUCGCCAGUUCUUCAGGAACAGAAGAAACCCCUUUUAGUUCAGACCCCUACAUCGAGAUUUUUUGUUCCUUUGCACCUUGCUAACCAGCCUGGACUACGGGUGGUUUCAGGAAAAUCUCUUCCGUCAACCAGUUCGUCAGAUGGGCAUGUGACUAAAGGUGUACCAGCAUCUUUUGUUUUAAAUAAGGGACCUGGAAUGAUCUUGACUUUUAGCAGGGCAAUUGGAACAGUUGCAAAUGUACCUAGUGAUAGUUCUCAGGUUUUAGGGAGAGUUGCAUCCGGAGAAUAUGGUAAAAUAACCAUGCCAGCUUCAAAAGUGGAGGGGAAAAAUGCCAGUUUCAGAAGCAUCAGAAGUUCCUGUAAUGGGAGAGCAUGUAGUACAGCAAAUGACUCAUUGAGUAGCAUGCCAUUCAAAGGACCUCUUGUAAUUACAGACUCAUCGGAGUCAACUCUGAGAGGCAUUUCUUCUGUGAAGGUGUUACCAGAGCAUCAGGAAUCUGUCAGUUGUUCCUUGGAGUCAGUAAACCAACAGGAAAUUAAACAGAAACAACAUGUUUAUGCACUUUUGCCUGAUGUACAGCAGGCAGUUCUUUUGAAAUGUGUGACACCAAACAAGCCUGUAGUUCAUAAACAUAGUGUUUUUCAGGACAAUGCUCAUUAUCAAAAUUGUCAACCAAAGAAAACUCGAGCCAUGCAACAAAAGCUUUUGCUGAAAAUUAAGACUUCAGAUACACUGACUGAUACCACUCAGUCAGGAAGCAACUCGGUGCCCUCACUACCGUUGGAUAACUUGCAGUCCCUUACUCCUCCACUAGCACAGAAACAAACUAAUCUUACUUCUAAUGAUGCCUUAAUCUUACCAGGUAGGUUAAUGCCAGCAGAUGCCUCUUUGGCAAGCUCUAACCCAGCAUGUUGUGUUCCUCCAGUAGAACCUGUUUAUUCUGCUAAGUCUGCGGGGUCAUGGUUGCAAAAUGGUUCUCUUGAGAGUACUGCUAGGAACAGGAAUAACUUUGGUAGUCAGAAGUCCACAUGGAGCACCCGAAACAGAACUGCAAAAGUAAAACCUCAUUUAAAACGAACUGGAUCUAAAAGUUCCGAAACUGGGGGUGUGCAAAGAAAAAAGAAUUUCAAACGGAAAAGUAAGGAUAAUUGCCCAGAACCUCCAAGAAAAAAAGUAAUGUUGCACAGAAAGUGUAAAGAAAAGAGUCAGGCUGAAGUUGUUAGUGAAUCAGGUGUCCCUUACAAACUGAGGGCAUCGAAGGAAACUGUGAGGACUUUGAAAUUACUUCCUUUUAACUCUAAACAGCUUGUAAAAUGCCCUCGGAGAAAUCAACCAGUUGUUGUGCUUAACCAUCCUGAUGCAGAUGUUCCUGAAGUUGUAAAUGUAAUGAAAACCAUUGCUAAAUUUAAGGGACAUGUUCUUAAGGUUUCAUUGUCAAAAAGAACUAUUGAAGCGCUUUUGCAGCCAGCUUUCUGCAAUCCUUUGGACAGAACUACUGAUGAUCUUUCUCAAAAGAGGCAUAGGACAGUAAAACCUAUUAGCCCUGUAAAAGAAAGAUUUGUCUUAAAAUUGACACUGAAAAAGACUAGCAAAAACAAUUACCAGAUUGUAAAAACUACCUCUGAUAAUACCUUGAAAGCUAAGUUUAGCUGCUGGUUUUGCGGUAGAAUAUUUGACAAUCAGGAUAAUUGGGUAGGACAUGGACAGAGGCAUUUGAUGGAGGCUACUCGAGACUGGAAUUCAUUAAUGUAAUGAUGACCAGUGAAGAAAAUAAAAUCUAAAUAUCAUACAUUACAUGUUUUUAAAAAGAGAAUCAACUGAACUAGGAUACACAAGUAAUUUUGUUUUGUAUUUCAGUAUUGUAACUGAAGUUUAGAAAAGAUGCAAAGUGCUUGUGUUUUAAAAGGAAGAGCAGAUUCUCUGUUGCCAUCAGCUUUGAGACAGAUCAAGGAGAUUUGUGGUUUAGAUAACUUGUAACUAACUGCAAAUACAAUUCCAUAAAAAUAUAUUAUUUUUUGUUACUACUAUCAUGUCCUAUAUUUUUAUUCUAUAGAAUGAGUUUUCAGGGCUUUUAUUCUGUAUAUAUUUAAAAAAACCUAAACAUGUAAAUAUUUUUAUACCUUUCAGUUAUUUGUUAUAAUUCUUGCACAGAAAUUGCCCCUCCCCCCCCAGUUUUUCAGUUCUGUGCAUGCACUACUAAAAAUAGUUUUUAAAAUCUUUUCAACUACACACAGCUGUUAUCCUGGGAGUUUUUUAUUUUCACUUGUUAACUUUUGAUUUUGUUUUUCAGGGAUUGAACACUAUUGUUAGCAAGUGCCUAAAAGAUGUGAAGCAGUUUACAUUAUGUCAACUGUGUAACCAUGGGUCUAUAUAGGGCCAUUUCCCCGGUAGUUUCAUUUAAACAAAGCCAUAUGUGAAUGCUUUAAGCUAUGCACAUGACACUUGUACUAUUUCUGUGCAGUUUGUCUACUUUCUUAGUGAAGUAUUUUUCAUAUAAAUUAAUAAAAUGUUACGAUUGUGGUAAUAUGGUGAGCCUGAGAAUGGAAUCAGUUGAAAAGAUACAGUAUAUAUAUUCAUAAUGUAUAUGGUGUUUAAGAAUGGUGAACAUUCCUAAUCUGUAUUGACUCUCUCACUAUUAAAUUUGUUAUAACUUGUGUUUACAGAUUA